AUGACAAUGAGGCCGGAGGUAGAGCUAGGGGAUGGCGCUGGAGCUACUGGAACUGCUAGAGCUGGAGCUAGAGAUAUGGAUGCUGGAACUACUAGAGCUGGAGCUAUAGCUGUAGCUACUGGAACUAUUAGAGCUAGGGCUAUAGCUAUAGUUACUAGAACUAUUAGAGCUGCAACUAGAUCUUCUAGAACUACUAGAGCUACUAGAUCUAGGGCUAUACCCAUAGCUAUAGCUACUAGAACUACUAGAGCUAGAGCUAUAGCUACUAGAACUACUAUAGCUAGAGCUAUAGCUACUAAAACUACUAUAGCUAGAGCUAUAGCUACUAAAACUACUACAGCUAGAGCUAUAGCUACUAAAACUACUAUAGCUAGAGCUAGAGCUAUAGCUACUAGUACUACUAAAACUAGAGCUAUAGCUACUAAAACUACUAUAGCUAGAGCUAGAGCUAGAUCUAGAACUAGAGCUGGAGCAACUAGAGCCAGAGCUGAAGUUAAUAAAGCUAACAGAGCGACUAGAUCCAGAGGCAGAGCAAGAGAUAGAGAUAACGACAAAACGUCGACGAACCUCUCUCGCGCUUGCAGGGACAAUCUGUACCGGCUGACUCUGACGUCGCUGACGCCGCUGGAGCACGCGGCAUGGUCCGCCCCGGAGGACAAGAGCAACACGUGCCAGAACAAGGGUCAGACCGUCGAGGACUGUCGCAACUACGUGAAGGUGCUGCUCAGCAACGGAAAGAGCCUGUUCACCUGCGGCACGUACGCGUUCAGCCCUUGGUGCACCUGGAGAGAGAUCGAGAACAUCACCAGCGUGACCAGCGAGAUGUCCGGCGUGGCGAUGUGCCCGUACUCGCCGCACGCGAACGUGACCGCGCUGCUCGCCAGAGGACCGACCGGCGGACUGUUCACCGGAGCGCCGACCGAUUUCACCGGCGCCGACCCCGCGAUCUGCAGGACGCUCGCCUCGCCCAGCCUCCGCACGCAUCAGUACGAUUCCAUGUGGCUGAACGACCCGCAGUUCGUCGCCAGCUUCGAGACCGAGGAUCACGUCUACUUCCUGUUCCGCGAGUCCGCCGUCGAGUACAUCAACUGCGGCAAGAAAAUCUACUCCAGGAUCGCGAGGGUAUGCAAGAACGACCGCGGCGGGCUGAUCAUGAUGAGGGAGGUCUGGACGACGUUCAGCAAGGCGAGGCUGAACUGCUCGCUGCCCGGCGAGUUCCCUUUCUACUACGACGAGAUACAGGGCGCGGUCUACCACCCGGAAGAGGGCAUCGUCUACGCGACCUUUACCACGCCCGUCAACGGCAUCGCCGGCUCCGCGAUCUGCGCGUUCAACAUGUCCGCCAUCACGGGCAGCUUCGACGGGCCGUUCAAGCACCAGGAGAACUCCGGCGCGGCCUGGCAGAGGGGCCCGGUCCCGCACCGGUCGCGUCAGCGCUGCGGAAUGCCCGCGGACCUCGCGCCGCACCAGAUCAUCGACAAUCAGCGGUACCAGCUGAUGGACGACGCGGUGCAGAGCACGACGCUCGAGCCUCUGCACGUCGCGACGCUCGAGAGGUUCGCGCACAUCGCUCUCGACGUCACGCCGACGAAGCUGCACCGCGGCGUCACCGUACUCUACGUCGCCACGGACGCCGGGCUCGUGAAGAAGAUCUCCGUGCUGCCUAGGACCCUGGAGACCUGCGUGCUCGAGGUCUGGGGCCCGCUGCCGUCGCCGCCGUUGACGCUGCAGUUCCUCAAGGACACGCAGAGCUUGUACGUCGGCACGGAGAUGGGACUGCUGAGGUUGCCAGCGGUGCAGUGCCAUCGACACCGAAGCCGACAAGCCUGCCUGAACGCUCAGGAGCCGUACUGCGGUUGGAACGAGCUGCUGAUGAAGUGCGCGCCGGCUCCGAAGCAGAACCACCUGGCGAACCACUGGCACCAGGAGGUGACCAAGUGUCCGAUCCUCACGGACCCCGUGGACGGCGGGUGGAGCGCGUGGAGCUCUUGGUCCGGCUGUCAGCACGGAACCGCGGACCACGGUCGCUCGCACGCGCACGGCCACGUGCAUUCUCACGGACACUCGCACUCGGAGCACGCGGAGAUGACGGACAGCUGCCAGUGUCAGACGCGGGAGUGCAACAACCCGCCGCCGCAACAUGGCGGAGCCAGCUGCACGGGCGCCAGGGUCAGAGUGACGAAUUGCACCGUGCACGGCGGAUGGACGGCGUGGUCGGCUUGGUCCGCGUGCUCGCAGACCUGCGGGCUGGCCAUGCGAACGCGCCGCAGGUCCUGCACUAAUCCUGCCCCCGCGUUCGGCGGCAGAGUCUGCGUGGGCCACGACCACGACGACAUCGUCUGCAUCGACCUGCCGCCGUGCCCCACGCCGACCAAAGCCGCGCCGCCCCCGCAGUCCGGACAGUGGUCCUCUUGGGGCCCGUGGAACUCUUGCUCUCGACCGUGCAACACCGGGAUCCGAAUCCGAAGGAGAAUGUGCGAGAGCCCGUCGAUGCGUAAGUCCAUCGGCGUCGAGUGCAACGGCUGCGACGUGCAGGUCGAAGAGUGCAACAGCCACCGGUGCGUCGAGACGAAAAGGUACUCCGGCUGGACGCCGUGGCUCGCGGCGAACGCCACCGCCACGGCCCUUCAGACCGGGAACAUCGGCUACGUGGAGAAACGCUUCCGGUUCAGCUGCCGCGCGCAGACCGACGACCCGUCGAGCGUCCGCGUGCAACUCGCCAAAGAAGAGGAGCGUUACUGCAGGAACGACGGUUCCUGCUUGCGGGGCAGCACCAGCCAGACCGGAUACUCGGAUCUCGCGACGGAGACCGGUUGGGGCGAGUGGUCCAGUUGGCGGCAAUGCGAUCGGCCUUGCGGCGGCGGUUCACAGCAUAGGGUGAGGCAAUGCGAGUCGCCGCCGUGCGAAGGCGGCCUGUCGCUGCAGACGAAGGUGUGCAACACGCACCCGUGCCGGGCGAGCGCGGGCGGCGGCGGCGCGGCCCUCGCCGCGGAGAGCCAGUGGUCCUGCUGGACCGACUGGUCCGAGUGUUCCGCUUCCUGCGGCGUGGGCGUGCGCACGAAGACCAGGGACUGCCUGACGCCGGAGGGCUGCGAGGGUCCGCGCCUGGUCCGCGAGGACUGCGAGAUGCCCAGCUGCGAGUCGCUGCUCGGCUGGGACUCCUGGUCCAGGUGGAGCCCGUGCGACGACGACCACCAGCAGCACCGGAAGCGGCUGUGCGUCGAGCACGGGGAGGGCAGGUGUCAGGGGCCGGGCCGGGAGACGCGCGACUGUCUGCCGGACUGCACGGACAACGACGUGAACGCGCUGCGCUCGAGCGUGGAGCACUCCGGAGUGACGAUCGGCGUGGUGGUCGCGAGCUGCGUGGUCGGCUUCCUGCUGGGCCUGGCGGUCACCGCGGUGCUCGGCUUCUGCUACCUGAAGCGGCGGCAACGCCGAGUGCCCGGCAGCCCGCGCUACGCCGCCAAGCAGAACCCCUACGUGACGGUCCCGCUGAAGGAGGUGAACGCGAAGCGGCAGCCCAGCUUCUCCGGCAGCACGAACGGCAACGGCACGCUGCGCGGCAAGAACAACGCGAACGUGAACGGCCUGGGCAGCCCGAAGCCGUACCCGAAGAGCCUGGACUACGAGUCCGCGACGCUGAAGCGGAACAGCCACGGCCAGCAGCACAUCCGGGCCGACCUGGACCAGGACAAGUACUAUUGAAGCGUGGCCGACGCCGGGGAACCGAAACAGAGUCGGGGCGGUCUGGUUGGAACCAGCGAUCGACGGACGAGUCGCGGACGAGCGACGGUCGAUCGGGGAAACAGGAUCGAAGCGGGGAGAGACGCGUGACGAACGCGAGAAUUCACAAGUACCCUUUUUAUUGUACAGACAGAUAACCUGGAGUUUUAACGUCGAAACGAUUCAGUGCCAUCGCGCGAGAUUAAACGGAGCGAAUGAACGAACGAACCGAGUCCGGUUCUGUAUGCGUGUGUGCGUGCCUGCGAGCGUGAGUGCGACAGAUUUCUUAUUGGCUCACAUUGAGUCGCGGAGGAGCGCCGGGAAUUGUAAGAACGGCGGAAUAUACGAAUAAAGGAACGACCGGGCGUCCGGAGAGGACGCGUCGAGCCGAAACGAACGACGUCUCCCGUUCGCAUUCCCCUCGAUCACAGGUCCUCGGCGA